AUGAAAGAGCAUCCUUACUACACGCUGGUGUUGUACGGAGUCCUGUCGAUUUUGGACGCCUUCGACGGAUACGCUGCCCGUAAGUUCAACCAGGGCACCCGGUUUGGCGCCGUUCUCGAUAUGGUCACCGACCGGUGCGCUACCCUGUCGCUUAUCGUGUUUUUGGCGGUAUUGUAUCCUCAAUACUACGUGGCGUGGCAAGUGUUGGUGUCGCUUGACUUAGCGUCGCAUUACGUCCACAUGUACUCGCUGUUGGCGCUGGGACUGACUUCUCAUAAGAACGUCGACGGUCAGCUGAAGUUAUUACAAUUAUACUACACCAACCGCACGGUGUUGUUCAUCGUUUGCGCUUUCAACGAGCUUUUUUACUUCGGCUUGUACUUGCAUUAUUUUAACUUCGCUAUCUUUGGCACCGGGAUGACGGUCGUCCUGACACCGUUUUGGAUCUUCAAACAAGUCGCCAACGUUAUACAGUUGAAAAACGCAUCCGUUACCUUAGCCGAGCUCGAUGCUAAGGAUCGCAAUAAACAGCAGAACUAG